AUGGAUGGAUGCCCUAUCAUCCAUCUACAGCCAACCCUGGGCUUUGAGCUCACCCUUCCUCCGCACAUAAAUCGCGGGCCCAGCCCCAAGUGCUGCAAACAAACGUCAUCCACAGACAUGAAGAACUUCAUCAAUCACAUCGCCCCCAAAAUCCCAUUCCACACCCGUCCGGGCCACAAGCCUCCAUUACCACCCCGGCCGACCCACGCCCAAUCGACCGGACCACAAAACCCCCCAGAACCAGUGCUUGGAGGUUACUAUGCGAAUUGGACCGUGUAUUCCAAGCCGCCCUUUCCGCCUUCCCACGCAGCCUACUACCACCUAAAUACAAUCUUGUAUGCGUUUGCCAAGAUCAGUCCAAGCGGGGAGGUGUCCUUGUCGGAUCCCUGGGGCGAUAUUGAGAAACCGUUUGAGCCCUCUCUUGGGAGUCCAGAGUUUGAUCCGGGAUUCAAAGGCAAUCUGGGUGAGAUUGCAAUCAUGAAAUAUCGAAACACUAAACUGCGGUGCCAGCUCUCGGUCGGCGGUGCAGGAGCAGAGAUCACGAGCAGUUUCCAACGGAUCAUCAAGUCGGAACACGCCAUGCGUAAAUUUGCCCAUGAUUGUAAAGAACUCUGCAGAAAGUACGGCUUUGACGGGAUCGACGUUGAUUACGAGCAUCCCGAAAACACGGCCGAAGGGCGCGGUCUGCUAGAGUUACUCCGUCAUACUCGAGCGACUCUGGAUCAGCUGGCUCAUGAACUUGGUCGUCAAGAACGUUAUUUACUAUCAGUUGCUACCAGCAUGGGCGAAUGGUCCGCUACUCAUCUACCACUUCGCGAAAUGAACGAGGUUCUUGAUAGGAUUUAUCUAAUGACCUAUGAUGCAUCCGGGAGUUGGGAUAAAACACUGAAUCAUCAUGCCCCGCUUCACCCCCACAAUGGCAAGGGUCUCUCGGCAGCAUCGACGGUCCAGUUCUAUCAUUCACGCGGCGUGGCGCUACAUAAGCUCAUACUUGGAGUCCCGAUGUAUUCCCGCUCGUUCAUCACUAAAACUGGCAUAUGUGGACACCACUAUGAGCGUGUAUGUGGGCCCCAGGAAGAGGCCACAAGUGAAGGCACCCACAUGUACAAUACGCUUCCUCGACCCAACGCGACUGAAUAUCAUGACAGUCAACUGGGAGUGGCCUAUUCAUAUGACGGAAAAGAAUGGUGUUCAUAUGAUUCUCCCACCAGCAUGACUUGGAAGACUCAGUUCGUCCGCCAGCGGGGACUGGGGGGUGUGUUCUUUUGGGAACUGGCCGGCGGUCAUGUUGCUGCGAAACCUCCUCACCCGCGAGAUCUGGUCCCUGUAGCCUGGGAAGGACUAUAUAGCGGAAUUGCAGGUAGUUAUUGA